GAGUAAAAAAGGAAAAAGAAAGGAGAGGCAAGAAAAUUAUGGAUACCCCAAAAUGGAUUAUGAGAAAAGUCGACGGGAUGGGAACAUGCCUACUUACGUAUGCUCUCUUCGUUGAAGAGUCUCUGUGGUUGGUGGGUUUUCAACAAAUAUGUACGAAGAUACGAGUAGAUGAGGAUGAAUGAACGGUGGACGGGGGACGGUCGGACGAUUGGGUCUUCUUUUCCUUUUUUUUUUUUUUCUCUUUUCUUCCUAUCACAUUUUCCUUGUCAACGGUGGAAAGCAUGUAUUGGUGGCUGUGUGUCGGUUAAGCGCGUGUCGGCUUACGUCCUAAUCUCACACGAAUCGAUCCUCACAGCCCAAAUUGGGACCUGGAGUGGUCCAUGUUCUAUUUUUAUCCUCUUUUUUUUUAUUAACGCAGGAAUUGGCCGUGCCAUGCCAUGUGUUGUUGUGCGAUACCCUUUGUGCUUUUUGAAGCCGAACCAAUUCGCAUUCACAUGGCGUAAGAGUUGGACUGAUAGAACUAACCCGCUCGGCAAGUGAAGUUCGCACUUCUGUUGGCAGCGGGAUGCCGAUACCUUUUUUGCACGCAAAGGGGAGACAUUUGCUGUCUUCGCUUCGGUACGGAGUUAUUUUAAUUGGGCGGAUGGGCUGGAAGACAGUCGGGAGUUUGUUUUCUGUACCUGGAUGAAUG